GCCACAGCCCAAGCCUUCUGCCAUGCCGGGCUCCGACAGGCGGUCUCCUGCGGCGCUAGGGCCGCUGCCGGACGCCCUCCGUGGCCUCUGUGCCUGGCUCGACCAACUCCCGCUCAGCCGCCCCAAGCGCCACCUGACCCGGGACUUCAGCGACGGCGUGCUGGUGGCCGAGAUCGUGAAGCAUUUUCACCCGCGCCUGGUGGACCUGCACAGCUACAUCCCUGCCUGCAACACUGACCAGAAGCUAAGCAACUGGAGCCUUCUCAACAGGAAAGUCUUUCGCAAGCUGUGCUUCUGUGUCUCUGAGGAGGACAUCCGCAAGGUGGUAGCCAAUGUACCUGGGGCAAUCGAGCCCAUCCUGUGUGCACUGAGGGAGAAAGUGGAAGCCAACCCUGCUCAGGCAGGCUCACCUGGCACAGCUCUUCAUGUCUGCAAAUUGAAUCUGCAGGAUCCAGGAUUCUCCAGCAUGGAUGCUGUCCAUUCACAGGCAGGCCUGCUAAGCCCCCCAGCUCCCACCAGUAUGAAGACCCUUCAGAAGCAGAGGGCCUUGGAGAAGAAGGGCAGCUGUGCUUGUGAAUGUCAGGACCCAGCUGAAGGGGCUUGGGAGCACCUGGCCAAGGUUCAGCAGUUGCUGGAGGACAAGGAGCAGGCAUUGGCCAUUCUGCAAGAGACAGUCCAGAUUUUGCAGAUGAAGGUGAUAAAGCUGGAGCACCUGGUGCAGCUGAAGGACCUGCGGAUCGCAGAGCUGACGCAACUGGGGACUGAGGAGUGCUGUGUGCCCCCGGGAGCCCCAUCCUGAGCCAGCCAGACCCUGACCUUGAGCCAUGCAGAGCCUUCCUCCCACCAGUGGUUCUUCUGCGCAUCCCUGCACUGUCCAGCAGGCUCCGGGAGGGACAUCUGUAUAAGGCACAGG